GCAAAUGAUAAACAGACAUUGUGCAGAUUUUAUGUAAAAAGUGGCAAAGGCUGUUCCCUACUCGGUUAUGACACAGCGACACAGCUAGGUCUCAUUAACGUAGUCAACACUAUGUCCACACCUCAACCAAGCACAGUGGCGGAUAAACUGGUCAAAGACAACCCAGAACUCUUCCGAGGCAUAGGAAAACUCAAGGAUUUUCAAGUCAAACUUCACAUCGACACUACUGUUCAGCCCACAUGUCAGCCACACAGGCGAGUGCCAUUCCACAUCCGUCAAAGAGUGGAAAAAGAGCUAGAAAAGCUGGAAGAAGGUGACAUUAUUGAAACUGUGACAGGCCCAACGCCAUGGGUUUCACCAAUAGUGACUCCACCCAAACCCAAAAACCCAAAUGAAGUCAGAAUCUGCGUUGAUAUGCGACAAGCUAACACUGCAAUACAACGUGAACGUCACAUCACACCGACGAUGGAUGACGUCAUCCACGAACUCAAUGGAGCCACUGUCUUCUCCAAACUUGAUUUAAGAGCUGGAUAUCACCAGUUGGAGCUUCAUCCAGACAGCAGAUACAUAACAACUUUCAGCACUCACAAAGGCCUGCGCAGAUACAAACGGCUCAACUUUGGUAUUUCAUCAGCAGCGGAAGUAUUCCAAAAUGCCAUCUGCCAAGCACUACAAGGGAUCAGUGGGGUAAAGAACCUCAGCGACGACAUCAUCGUGCAUGGGAAAACACAAGCUGACCAUGACAACAGCCUCGCAGCAGUUUUUCAGAGACUCAAAGAAAAGGGCCUUACUCUCAACAGAGACAAAUGUGAGUUCAACAAGUCCAGACUGGAAUUUUUUGGAUUCAUCUUCCAAGCAGGAGGAAUCUCAGCUGACCCCAAAAAGACCACAAGGCGCUGGAGGUGAUCUGGAAUAAUCCUCGUUCCAAGCCACCAGCAAGGAUUGAACGUUGGGGUUUGAGACUACAACCCUACGACUUCGCAGUAG